UUGGCAUAUCUUGUUUUUCUGUGGCCAUGGACUUCACUCUUUCUACUUCCCAACAUUAUUCAACUCUCCAUUUUCCUCCCAUAAGCACCACCACUCAUGGCCAUUGCAGCCCCCAAACUCACCACCACCGGCCUUUUCUCUGCCGCCCCAUCCCACAGACCGCUACCCUCCCACCAUUUCCCCCUUCUCACAAAACCCACUCCCAAGAUUCCUCUAACAUCCUCCCGCACCAGCAUUAGGCUCAUCACUUGCAAGGCCACUGAGGUAUCACCACCAUCGUCUUCAUCAUCCUCAGUCGCGGCUGAUGAUGGCAAGAACUGGGUCCCUGUGGUGCCUCUGGCUGCGCUGCCCAAAGGAGAACGGCGCGUCAUCAUACAAGAUGGGGAGACUAUACUGCUGUUAUGGUAUAAAGAUGACGUUUAUGCAAUAGAGAACAGGUCUCCUGCAGAGGGUGCCUAUUCUGAAGGCUUGCUCAAUGCUAAGCUCACUCAGGAUGGAUGUAUCGUGUGCCCGACAACUGAUAGCACAUUUGAUUUGCGAAGCGGAGACAUUAAAGAGUGGUAUCCUAAGAAUCCUGUGCUUCGAGCCCUAACUCCCCCUCUGAGAACACUCUUUGUCUACCCUGUGAAAACUGACGGAGAGAAUAUCUACAUAAGCAUGAGUGGAAGCUUGCAAUCUGAUGCAUCUACAGAGAUAGUUUUUAGUGGGAAGGCUCAGCCUGGUGUAACGGCAUCAGAUGUCAAUGUUGAUGAGGUAAAGAUGAUCAUUGAUGAAGAUCUUGAGGGUUUUGGUUUUACAAGGAAGAAUGAGUUGAUAAAUGGAAAGGCAGCUGUAAUUGGCUUCUUGUUGCUGUUGGAUUUUGAACUAUUAACUGGCAGAGGCCUACUCAAGGGAACUGGUUUCUUGGAUUUCAUUUAUUCUAUUUCAAAUGCUCUGCAAUAAUUCUCUCCAAAACCUGGAUAAAAGAGUUAGCAAUUCAAGAUUGCGGUAUAGAUAACAUUCUUGCUGCCAAAUGUUACUGUUUCGCUCCCGUUUCCUCCCUUGUACCACUACUACUAUUUCUUGCACCAUGUUUGUAGGAAGUAAACAAUAUUGAUGGUCUAUGUAUAUAUUCUACUACAGUUUAAUUUGCUCACCUGAAACUUUCCAAAUGAAAAGGAAACUAGUUGAUGCCUUA